AUGAAACAACAUUCGCACAUCAUCGGCCUAGGCGACAUUUUCACAGAUGCAAAAAAAUGUUGGGUUCUUUUGGCUAGCAAAUCCCCAAGGAGAAUAGAGUUAAUGAAAUUAAUGGGGGUAUCAAAUUUAUACAUUUGCGAAUCAGGAUUUGAGGAAAAUUUAGAUAAAAAACAGUUUGCUUCUGCUGAGCAUUAUGUUAAAGAAAAUGCGUUACAGAAGGGGCUAAAUGUAGUAAAGCAUGUCUGGUUUGGGGAGCAAGCAAAUACUCACAUGGAACAGAAUCCUAAGGAAGCGGAGAAAGAAAACACACAACAAGGGAGUAAUAAUGGGCAUUUGUCAAAUGGCCAACCUGAUAACAAAGAGCAUUGUACAGAUGCAACAAAAAAGUAUGAACUCAGAAAUUUGUAUAGUACCUAUGACCCCAUGCCAAAUGUUAUAAUCUCAUGCGACACAAUCGUUACGCUGAAUGACGAAAUAAUAGAAAAACCUCUGAACAGGGAGCAUGCCCUUGAAAUUUUAAAAAAAUUAUCAUCUAAUGUUCAUUGCGUUUAUACAGCUGUCUGUAUAUUUUUAUACAAAACAAAAGUGCCCAUCACAUUUAUCGAAAAAACAGACGUAUAUUUUGACCACUUGUUGGAGGGAGAUAUUCUGGCAUAUUUAAAUUCCAGUGAACCGUAUGAUAAGGCUGGCGCUUACUCUAUCCAAGGAGUCGGUUGCCAAUUUAUAAAAAAAAUUAAUGGUUGCUAUUACAACGUUAUGGGGUUACCAAUUAAUAAACUCUCCAAAACGUUGACGCAGUUAUAUGUGGAGGGAAAAAUAUCAGCAUGA